GAAAUCGGACACACCAUAAGCUUCUGCGUCCAAAACACGUGGUGGCAGCGAAGGGUUUACGCAGCUACCUACACAUUAUUGUUCCUCACGGCUGUCCUGCGUCUCACCUGUGUACUCAGGGGCACCACAGGGACAAGACAGUAACCUCCUCCACUCCCACGAGGAAUCGCUCUACACAGCCAUGGCAAAAAUCAAAUCUGUCAAGACUACCAAGCCAGGCCCUCCAAAGGCCAAGAAGACCUCUCCCCUGAAAGUCAAGAAGACUGUCACUCAGAAGGCCAAAAAAGCUGCUUCACCUGCCACCAGGAAGAACACUGCUGUCAAGUUCCUCGCCCUUAAGAAGACUGCUGAUAGGGAAUUCCGAAAGAAGACACUGCAGAAGAGAAAAUUUCUCAAGGAACGGGAGGCACAAGAUGAAGGGAGAGCUGUCAUUGUACUGUCCCACAUUCCCCAUGGCUUCUUUGAGGGACAGAUCAAGCGUUACUUUAGGCAGUUUGGAGUGGUGGAGAACGUCAGGCUUGUACGCAGCAAGAAGACUGGCCGGAGCUGUGGGUACGCAUACGUGGAGUUCCAACACUAUGAGGUGGCGCAGAUUGUGGCUAAGCAUAUGGAUGGAUAUCUCACCUUUGGCAAAAUCAUGAAGUGCAAGGUCAUUCCUCCCGAAAGAGCGACCAACCGUUUGUUCAAGUUCAAGAGAAUCCGACCAGACAACUGUCCCAAAUUGGAGAACAGGAGAAAAGCUUUCAGAAAGCUGAACAAGAUACGCACAGAGAAGGAAAUCAAGAAUAGGAUUGACAGACUCAAGUCCUCCUAUGCCAUGAAGAUAGAAAAACUGCAAAAGCUGGGCAUCGAUAUCCCCAUGCAGACCCUUCUUGCCACACUGCCACAGGUGACAGGACAGAAGAACAAGGAUGCAGUGAAGAGUGAGACAAAGGACAAGAGCACAGAAGAGGGAGGCCAGACAGUGAAUGGACACACCAGCAUGGAUGCUGCUGCUGUGGUGAAGGAUGAGAACCAGGCUGCAGUGGCCCUGAACAAUGCUUCUGAUGUCAAGCAGUGUGAGAACAGUGAUGCUGAACUAACAGAGGAGCAGAAUAUAAUGUUUAGAGCAGCACGCGAUGAUCUUGCCAUAAAGAUAAUGAGUAACUUGGAAUCAGCCAAAAAGAAGAAAACCCCAAAGAAAUCAGGAGUCAAGGCAAAAGCUACAGCAGAGAAGAUGGUGUUGGAGGUGGAUGAGAGUGAUGAUGAGAUUGUGCUGAAAACUCCCCCCAAUACUGUCAAGAAGUUCAUCAAGAAGGAUGCCAAUUCCACACCAACGACAACACCCAAAGGCAAGAAUGAGAUGCCCAAGACACCUAAAUCAACAAGGCCAACACUGAAGACACCAAAAAGGAUGCUAAAAACACCAAAAGCUAGUCCAAAAUUAGUGAAGUCACAAAAGGCAAUGGGUGUCAAAUCCAAGACAGAAAAGACACUGACAGAAACAGCUGAAGAAGUGAAUGCAGCACCUGAAACACCUAAAGCAACACUGAAAACACCAAAAAGAACACCCAAAACAGGAAAAGCUACCCCAAAAUCAGCUAAAAAGACACCCAAGGCAAUGAAAAUCAAACUCAAGGCAGAAAAUACACCUACAGAAACAGAUGAAGUGGUGAACACAACACCCAAGAUACCCAAGGCAGAAGGAAUGGCAAAAACAACUGAAGCUACUCCAAAAUUGGCAAACACACCCAAAGCACUGAAGGAGACAGUGGAAAAUGCUGAGGCAAUGGAAAUCACACUUAAGAAAGAAGAUCCAGCAGCAGAAGUGAAUGGAGCACCUAAGACACCCAAAGCAAUAAAAGCAACACCAAAAACAACUAAAGCUACCCCAAAAUCAGCAAAAAAGACACCCAAGGCAAUGAAAAAUACACCUACAGAAACAGUUAAAGUGGUGAACACAGCACCCAAGGCAGAUGGGAUGCCAAAAACAACAAAAGCUACUCCAAAAUUCAUGGAAGACACAUCCAAGGCACUAAAAGAGACAAUGGAAAAUGCUGAGGCAAUGGAAAUCACACUUGAGAAAAAAGAUCCAUCAGUAGAAGUGAAUGCAGCACCUAAAACACCCAAAGCAACAAAAGCAACAUCAAAAACCAGUAUAGCUACUCCAAAAUCAGCAAAAAAGACACCCAAGGCAAUGAAAAAUACACCUACAGAAACAGCUGAAGUGGUGAAUAUAGCACCCAAAACACCCAAGGCAGAAGAAGAGAUGCCAAAAACAAUAAAAGCUACUCCAAAAUUAGUGGAAAACACACCCAAAGCACUGAAGGAGACAGUGGAAAAUGUUGAGGCAAUGAAAAUCACACUUGAGAAAGAAGAUCCAGCAGCAGAAGUGAAUGCAACACCUAAGACACCCAAAGCAAUAAAAGCAACACCAAAAACAACUAAAGCUACCCCAAAAUCAGCAAAAAAGACACCCAAGGCAAUGAAAAAUACACGGAAAACAAAAAAUACACCUACAGAAACAGUUAAAGUGGUGAACACAGCACCCAAGGCAGAUGGGAUGCCAAAAACAACAAAAGUUACUCCAAAAUUAGUGGCAAACACACCCAAGGCACUGAAAGAGACAAUGGAAAUUGCUGAGGCAAUGGAAGUCCCUCUUGAGAAAAAAGAUCCACCAGCAGAAGUGAAUACAACUCCUAAAACACCCAUGGUUGUGAAAAAUACAUCUACAGAAACACCUCAAGUGAAUGUAUCACUCAAAAGAACACCAAAAACACCAAAAUGGGCAUUAAAAUUAGGAAAAGCUACUCCAAAAUCAGCGAAAAAGACACCUAAAGCACUGAAUGAGAUAGAGGAAAAUGCUAAGGCAAUGGAAAUCACACUUGAGAAAAAUCCACCUGCGGAAGUGAAUGCAGCUUUCAAAACACCCAAAGCAACACUGGAAACACCAGGAAUAUCAAAAACAGGAGAAGCUCCUCUGAAAUCAGUGGAAAAGACACCUGACACAAUGAAAAUCUCACUCAAGACAAAAUGUACUCCCACUGAAACAGCUGAAGAAGUUAAUGCAACACCCAAAACACUCAAGGCAGAAGGGACACCCAAAGCAACACUGAAGACACCAAAAAGGACGCUAAAAUCACCAAAAGCUACCCCAAAAUUGGCAAAAAAGACACCUAAAGCACUGAAAGCAACAGCUGAAGCACUGGAAAUCGCACUGAAGGCAGAAAAUACCUCCACAGAAGUAAACACAAUGCUUAAAACACCUAAAGCAUCAAAAGGGAUGCCUAAAACAGGAAAAGCUACUCCAAAAUUAGGGAAAAAAACACCCAAGGCAAUAGAAAAAACACUGGAUACAGAAGACACACCCACAAAAGUACCUGAAGUAAAUGCAGCACUGACAACUCCCAAAGCCACACAAGAAGCUGAGAAGGCAACACCCAAACCAAAAAGUGGGACAACUAAUGCACAAAAUCCAGCGGAGGAAAUACCACUUGCAAUUCUCAAACCUGACACACUGGAGGCAGAAAGUACAACCCCCAAAGCUGUGAAAAAGAUGGAGACCAAGAAAGAGACUCCUAAGAUUGCAGACACGGCAGCUGAAGUCUUGUCAAAUGGAGUGAAGCAUAAUACACCCAUCGCAGGAGCACCAGCUGCUGCGUUGACACUGAGUACACCAAAAUCAGGAAAGAAAAUACUGAAGAUUAAAAAGAAAACACCUGGAAAUGUACAAGACACCCCUAUUAGUAAGAAGACACCGAAAGCAAAGAAGACAGGCGUGAGUGAAAAUGGUAUAGACACACAAGCUACGACUCCAAUGCUUCAAGCCACACCAGGGAAGAAAGCUAGUCAGACACCAGCACAAACUCCCAAAACUUCACCAGGGAAGAGGAAACAUAUUGAAAAUGCUGCAACAGGAACUGAAGUCACACCAAACAAGAAGGAAAAGUUGAAAAAGGCAACACCAGGAAAGAAGAUCACUCCCAAAGCUAAGACACCCAAGACUCCUAAAAAGACGCCUGGUAAAAGGAAGGAGGUGCUUGAACUAACCCCACACCCCAAAAAACAGAAGGCUGUGUCUGGGAAUCCUGCUGGUUCAUCAGUUCGUCCAUGACCUCAGAGCGUGCUGGCAGGUAACACGAGUACUCCAUGGCAAACUCUCCCUUGCCUUGUGUUGAGGACCGCAGCUCAUUGGCGUACCCAAACAUGUCGUUGAGGGGAACCUAGAAUGCACCAGAAUGUUUUAUGACUGAUCAAAGUAAUGAAAAACAAUCAUUA